UCUUCGAAGUCAAUAAAACACUUUCAUUGAAAUACUUAACAAAUGUAUUGAUUCAUUCCAUCUUCUUUCACUCUCCCAAAAGUACAAAACAUUAUCUCCAUCUUUGGAACCUCCAGAUCCUUCUCAACCAACCAUCACCACUCACGUGGUAGCUUAACCGUACCCAGGAAGUAUCAAACCUCACAGCCAUUCCUCUUCUAAAACUUCAAUGGCUACUUCCUUCAACCACGUUGUUGCUAUGCCUUAUCCUGCACGAGGCCACAUCAAUCCCAUGAUGAACCUAUGCAAGCUCCUUGCCUCCAACAACAACAAUAUCCUCGUGACCUUCGUUGUCACCGAAGAAUGGUUAAGCUUCAUCUCCUCCGAACCAAAACCCGACAACAUAAUCUUCCGUUCUAUCCCUAACGUUAUUCCCUCUGAACUCACUCGCAGCCGCGACCAUCCUGCCUUCAUAGAAGCUGUCAUGACAAAGAUGGAGGAACCGUUUGAUGAGCUACUCAACCUACUUGAACACCCUCCUUCAAUCAUUGUGCAUGAUACUAUCUUGUAUUGGGUUGUUGGAGUUGGAAACCGAAAGAAUAUACCGGUAGCAUCAUUUUGGCCAACGUCUGCAUCUAUUUUUUCUAUUUUCUUGCACCAACAUCUUUUGGAACAAAAUGGUCACUCUCUUUUGAAAUUUUCAGAAAAAGGCGAUGAACGUGUAAAUUAUAUUCCUGGAGUUUCCUCAACGCGCUUAGCGGAAUUACCAUCUUUUCAAAAUAAACGAAUGAAGCAGAUGCUUUUGAAAGGUUUUGAGUGGUUUCACAAAGCACAGUGUCUUCUAUUCACUUCAAUUUAUGAGCUAGAAUCUCAAGCAAUUGAUACCUUAAAAUCAAAAUUGUCCAUACCAAUUUACACAAUUGGUCAUACCAUACCAUACAUUAGCCUUAAAUAUAAUCCCAAACUUUACACUGACAAUAGCUACUUUGAAUGGCUAGAUUCACAACCAAUUGGUUCUGUUCUUUACAUAGCACAGGGAAGUUUUUUUUCAGCUUCAAGUGAACAAAUUGAUGAAAUUGCAAGUGCUUUAUGUGAAAGCAAUAUCCGAUUUUUGUGGAUAGCGCGUAAUGAAGCUUCAAGGUUGAAACAAAUUUGUGGAAACAUGGGAUUGGUUUUGGAAUGGUGUGACCAAUUGAGAGUGUUGUCACAUUCUUCUAUUGGUGGAUUUUGGUCACAUUGUGGUUGGAAUUCUACUAAGGAAAGUGUUAUAUCUGGAGUACCGUUUUUGACUUUUCCAAUUGUUUUUGACCAACCAUUUAAUAGUAAGAUGAUAGUAGAGGAUUGGAAAGUUGGAUUGAGAGUUAAAGAAAAUGUUAAGGAAAAUGUUUUGGUAAAGAAAAGUGAAAUCGUAAAAUUAGUAUGUGAAUUUAUGGAUUUGGAUAGUGAGCUUACAAAGGGUAUUAGGGAAAGAAGUAGAAAGCUUAAAAAGGUAUGUUGUGAUGCAAUUGGAGAUGGUGGCUCAGCAGACAUUGAUUUGAAAGCAUUCAUAGGUGAUAUAGUAAUGCACUCCCCACAUGCUUAAAGGACCACUUCCUGCAGUGAAGUCUCUAUCUCAAUAAUAUUUUGAUGUGUAGUUUAUUGGAUUCAAAUGUCCAUGCUUAUUAAUAUUCUUGUUUGUUUGUUAUUUAUUGUUAUUGAAAUAAAUUAUUCCAGUGGUGCAUUGAAAUGUA